AUGCCUGAACCAGCAGCAGCAAAAGCAGCACCCAAGAAGGGAUCCAAGAAAGCGGUGACCAAAACCGCCGGAAAGAAGGACAAGAAGAGGAGAAAGACCAGGAAGGAGAGCUAUGCUAUCUACGUCUACAAGGUGAUGAAGCAGGUUCACCCCGACACCGGCAUCUCCUCCAAGGCCAUGGGCAUCAUGAACUCCUUCGUGAGCGACAUCUUUGAGCGCAUCGCCGGUGAGGCCUCCCGUCUGGCUCACUACAACAAGCGCUCCACCAUCACCUCCAGGGAGAUCCAGACCGCCGUCCGUCUCCUCCUGCCCGGCGAGCUGGCCAAGCACGCCGUGUCUGAGGGCACCAAGGCCGUGACCAAGUACACCAGCUCCAAGUAAACCGCUGACUUAGUCCCCUUAAAACCAACGGCUCUUUUAAGAGCCACCCACUUCUUCUGAGAGAGACAUGAUCCUGAAAUGUGACAUUGUACGAAAUCAUCUUAUA